AUGGCGACUGCGGCGCGCUUGGAGCUGGUGCGCUUGGCGCAGGAGGCCGCGGCCCUUGCGGGGGUCGUCCGCGGCUCCCUCGGCCCCCACGGAGGACAGGUCCUGCUCACCCGCCCCACGGGAGAGGUCCUGCUUUCCCGAGACGGUCGGCGUGUGCUAGAGGCCCUGAAUGUGGACUCGCCGACAGCCAGAAUUAUGAUAGCAUGCAUUUCUACACACUGCAAUUUGUUUGGAGAUGGCGCUAAAACCUUUAUCAUUCUACUCUCUGAUUUACUACAACAAUUUGAAAAACUUAAUAAAAGAGAUCAAGGAAAAUACUGCAGUUUGAAGCGUAUUUCCCAGUUUCUUGUGAAGAUCCAAACAGACAUCCUGGACCAUUUAAUGACAUGGGACCUUAAGAAACAUUUUUGGUCAAUCUUUUCUGCUUCUGAUUCAGAUACAAGAAGGGGCAUAGAGUUAGUGUUAGAACCUUAUUUUUGUGGGAAAGUAGGAAAUAGCAGACAAAAGUUCCUUACUCGUUUGGCUUGUGAUUUCUACUUCAAAGUUACAGCUGGUAAAAACCAGAAUGAAGCAUUACACUUGGUGAAUGAAUGUUUUGCAGAGCUGCACGCCACUAUGACAGGCCUUCCUUUUUCAGAUUCAAGGAUCCUAGAUGGCUUACUACUUCAGAGAGACUUUUCAGUAUACUGUCCUGGAGAGAGCGAUAAAAGGGUUAUAAUCAUAACCGAACCUAUUCACUCCUCUGUAACUGAGUUGGGCAUAGAAGUUGUCAUAACUGCUGAAAGUCAGUUCAAGGCAUCUGAAACCUGGAUUACAAAAAGAACUGGAAGUCUUCUACAGCACAUGCAAGACAAUAACAUCAAGGUAAUACUGUCAAGUGUAAAACAGCAUGAUAUUGUUCAUUACUAUGCAAAAAAUAAUGGCAUAUCUAUUGUAGAUUGCUUGUUAGCAGAGGAAAUCUCUCUUAUUUGCAAGAUUACUGGAAUCUCACCUUUCAAACCAUCUUUGGAUAAUAUUAACAGUGAAAUCACUCAAACAGCUGUAGCGAAAUUUUGCCAACCCUUACACCUUGGAACGAAAAGGUUUGUUCACAUUGGCUUUGCACAAACCUCUACCAUUCAGCUUCAUUGUGUGAUUCUCUGUGGACCAGUACACGGAGUUACUGAGCAGCAUGUUUCUGCUUUUCGUGAAGCAUUCAAAAUGCUGCAACAAAUGUUUACAGCAGUUCAUCUGACCAAGUACUGUGACUCAGAACUGGAAAAUCACUGUCUUUUAAAUAGUCUGAAUAAAACUCAGCAAUGUUCAACUCCUCAGCAGCCUUUAGUUCAGGAGCGCAAUGACUGGAGAAAAAUUCAAACCAACACUAAGCAUCUGACACCUUGUGGGCUUACAAUGGAAAAACUUACUGCACCUUCUUAUGUAGUAGAUGAAAAGUUGGUCCAUUCAUCCAGUUGUAAUUCCUCAGGCACAACCAUGCCUUCUGCUGAUUUGUUGCAUGGUAGUAAGAGUUCAUUGUUACAGAAAAGUGAUUAUAAUUUAGUUGGCUGGCAAAUGGCUUCUCUAAAAUACAAAUUUCAAAAUGAAAGGUUGCAAAUAACUAAGAAUGAACUUCUUAAAGAUAAUCAGCCUGUUGAUAAUACAAUUAACAAAAGCAUAGAUUUCAGAAAUAUACAGCUGCAAGCUAAUAUAGGCAGUUGUACCAGGUUACUUAAAUAUGAGAAUGAUAAAAGGGGUAAUCAGAGUUACUCUGACUCUUACAUAGAAGUGGGAUCAGUUUUGCCAGUAGGAGGGCUCUUUGAAAUUCUGUUACAUUACUAUCUAUCUAACUCUGCAAAACAAUGCCAGUCAUCAGAUAUAUCCAUUAUUUGUACUAUACUUGCUGAUGUAUUGCUAAGUAUUCCCAAAAUUCUCUGCGCAACACAAAAAAGGAAUGUGUUUCCUCAGCUCUGUCUUCAAGUUACCAGUGCCCUCAAAAGCAAUCAGCAGCUUCUGCCCAAUCAGCAGCUUCUAGAAUCAGUUUCUUGUAAGUACCACUUAGUGGCUUCUGUGCUUCAGUGUGCAGCUCGGCUGCUUAGUGUUGACCUAAUCAUUAGCAUUAAAAGGCUACCACAGAAGGCUGAAGAGAGUGACUCAGAAGUUGAUGUGUGAAAGCAGGCUCCUCCUAUACUGGUGGGACAUUCAUCUCUGAUUACUUUUUUCCUUUUCUCCCCUAAUUCUUAGUGAAAGGACCCAAAAAGAA